AUGGCGUUCUUGCACGGGGUGUUGGAGAGUGUUAAGGGUGAUGAGAGUGUUACAACAUACAAUGAAUACAUUGAUUCACCUAAAAUAAAUAAUGUUAUUGACACUCUUAGCACUUCUGUAGGUAAAGGCCGUGAGGCCUUCCAGGCCGCCGUGCGUCAGGUGGAGGAGAGGACUGGAAGAGUUACAAGGCAUUUGGAGGCACUUAAACACAACAUAACCACAGACAAAUCUAAUAUAGAUAGAGAAAGUAUUAAUGAUCUUACAUACCUAGUUAGUGAGUGGAGUAAGCGUGCCAAGGUGUAUGUUACCAUGGCACAGCAGGCCGAUGAGGCCAGGGAGGAGUUGGAUCCACAACUUUCAGGUAAGUUAGAUAAACAUGUUUCAUUGGUUGUGCAGGUGACGGAGACAUUUAAAAUGGAAGCGGAGAAUGGAGAUCUUGACACGAUGUUCAAGCUGGCGGGGGAGAAAAUGGGAGAGGUGACUGGUCAGGUGGCGAGAAUAGCUGAGGAGAAAAGCAGGAGCCUUAGAAGGUAUUUGAAACAUCAUAUUGGAAAAUUGCGUACGAAAUUACACGAGUUGCGUAUUGGCAAAUUUAAAGGUCUGCAAGACUCUGUCGAUAAGGAUCUUCAAUAUGCUUUUAAUACGGUGAGCGGUGCAUUGGCUAAUCUUAAUGAUAGGUAUACAAGUGAUGUAUCUAGCCCACUUGAACGUAUUUUGGCGGAAGCGUCGGCGGUUUUGGAGGGGGUUCAACGGGACAAGAAUGCACUUAAGGAUCAAGUAAGCAGUUUGAACACGCGGAUGAGUGGACUUCUAGCAGCCGCAGCGGAUGUUAAGAGUAAGGUGCCGACGGAAUUUUCAGCGUUCAACAACAUAAUGGGUGAUUGGACUGUAUCAACUCAGAUUUGGCCGCUCACUCAAGCAAUAAAAAUGAACGUCGGGAAUUAUUUGGAGAGUUUGAAGAGUGAUCUGGCGCAAGCUGUGAGUGUGGCAAUAGAAAGUAAUCCAGUUGGGGGCAAUUAUCCCGGUCUUAAAGCUUUGCAAGGUACUGAUUUGUGGAAGGUGCAAGAGGUAUCGAGGUGGAUUGAUGGUCCAAUGAGAGAUCCAAGUCCAACUGGACCUGGUGCGAAAUUAGAAAGGGUUCUGAAUAAUCUUCACGGCGCCAAGAGAGAAUGGAGUAGCAUAAGAUCAAACAUAUCCUUCAACAUCUUCAACGGCAUCAAAGAGGAAUUCGGCAAGAAGGCCACCAACGCCGAAGUGGAAGAAAAACUCUUCAACCUCCUCAAAGCCACGGCGGACGAAGCCAUAAAUAAGCUGCAGGCAGCGGUGACAAAGAUCGUCGGUGAUCAAAGGAAUACAAAAGAUACGCUCGAUGGAAUUAAAAAAGCGCUUACAGCGCUUCAAUCUAAAGAGGAAUCCGGCGUAACCACAGCCGCCGACGGCGGCCAGUCUCCACUUGAGAAGAAAGCCUUCGACCUUCACAAAAUGAUCGAAAGCUUUUUGACCGAUAAGGUUGGAAAAAAUAUAGACGACCAUCAUCCCAAAGAAGGCACUGUAUACAAGGAUUUACUGAAACUUAAAAAGGAUGUCAACGAUCUUGGGGAGAAAGUCAAGGAAAUUAAGAAUAAAAUCACACCUGUCAGUGAGGAUCUUGAAAUGUGCAUUUUAGACGCCAACGCAGUGCUUACAAAUGCGCCAAUGGAGACAAACAAAAUCAUUAAUCAGCUACGUGAUGAAGUCAAUUCGUACAUCGGAUCAGAGUUCCGAGAAAUGAAAGCCAAAGCCAAGUCCCUCUACACCGCCCGCAAGACACAGGAAGUCACAGCCCUGCAGAAGAUCGUGGAGAAGGAGUUUAAUGAUAUUAAAAUUAUAAUCAACAACGACAAGAUUCUCGGCCUUAAGAAUCUUCUAACUAAUCUUAAAAAGAAAUUUGUUGAUACACUGCAUCCUUUUGCUCAGACCCUAUCUACAUCUCAAGCCCCGGCAGAGCAGAAAAAGCUUGCCGACCUGGCGCAAAAAGUCAGCGCGUGCUUCCAGACAUUUUUAGCAGAAAUGCAACAACAAGGCGACAUUAUUCUCCUGAGACCGUAUUUACAUCAAUUGUCAAAUGCUAUCAACACAUUACUCAAUCCACUUACUCACUACAAUCAUAGGUUUAGUGUAGAUUUAGAGAGUCUCAAAACGGCUCUUGCCGACAUACAUAUGUCCUUAUAUUACGGCAACACAAAAAUGAUAUCAACGGUUCUAAAACACGCACUUAACGAAUUUGCUGCCGAGUUGGAUAAGGCCUACAUUAGUAGGUACACCGAGGAGACGUUUGCGGAAAAAUUAGUGAAAAACUUCAAGACUGUUGUUACCCCGCAGAACUCCUACGAUACGUAUGACGUAACUGAGCAGGGGACCAAACUAUCUUAUGUGUGUCUAACCAUUUUCCAAAUAAUUCACCGACACCUUAGUACGCUUCUUGAUGGGUGUGAUAAUGAAUGGAGAGCCCUGAAAACCAAUUUAACUGGCCAUAAUUCCCUUGCAACGUUCUUUGAAAGUUGCGGUUACGAGGUGUCCGAUUCUACAACUGUGCACAAUGGUGAAUUGAGAAACAAUAUGAAGGGUGAAGAGAUACUUACCAAACUCAAGACUGAAAAUAUAUUUGGAUCCAAUUUAUUAAAAGGCCCCGCAAUAGAUGUAUCCUACUACCUCAAGCUGUAUUGCAGAGUAUGUCACAUCUCCACAUUCUCCUCCAAGAAGCAUCCAUGUUCUGUAUUCGAUAUGCUUUGUUGGCUUAACGGCCUCCAGUUUAAUCGCGCAUACAGUGUAGUUCGCGACCACAUUAAAACUAUGUUCCCUAAACCUAAAAAUUAUGAAGAUAGAGAAUAUAUAGACAUUCCCCCCAAAGAUCUUACGUUCCAUGCUUAUCCUGAUGUAUUCACCGCUGCUAAUAUGCAGGCAACGAUCCGCGAUAUAUCCCGCCAGGCUCACGACGUCCUCACUACCAUUGUCGGUACCGGAGACGCGAGCACAAUGUAUGCCUGUGAGUACUCCAACAAUACACUUAAUUUCUCGUAUCCCAGUGAUUCCGCCACUUGCUUCGACAUGCUCAUUAGCAUCUUCCGUAAGAUAUUACCAACUCUAAGAUUUUUAGAGCAGAUGUGCCAUCUCAAAACCGAAUAUUACGGUUGGUCGCGGUGUGCAUAUGGAAAUGGCGUUCAGACAUCGUGUUCGCAGUGCGGUCAACACUCCACUGUUCAUCCAUCUCCUAGUCACGAAUGCUCUGUUACUUCACCACUGCACUUGUAUCUCACUGAUGGUCUAAGAGGCAUGUUGCCUCACGAACUAACCAAUGUUGGAUGUAAAUCAGUAUGUUCCUCCUGUCCCAAAUCCGCACCCGGAAUGCCCUGUCUUACGCCUCUCGGCUUCACAUCUUUCUCCGGAAGCAAGCGCACAGGCAGCGACCUAUGCAAAGUGCUAACCAAAUUCCUAAGUAACGACUAUGUUAAAUGCCUCUUCACGCUGUCCCCCAAAGCGCCAAGUACGUUACCAGAGCACUUAAGUUACCUGAUAAAUCACUUUGGCGGUUGGCAGCAAAAUCCACCAACGAGCAAAAAUGGUCUCCAAUUAGCUUUCGAAAAGUCUAUGAAAAAGCUGUCCAUCGAUCAAGUCAGCGAUGCAAACAAACUAGGUACUACACUUAGAAAUAUGUAUGGUUUCAAAAAUACCAAAAACGGAGUCACCAUACCUCACCCAGACGACAAUCAUACAGACUUAAUUAGUGUGUGCCUACCGCAGAACAUGACAAGUUGCGCUGGUCGAGAUUACCGCUGUGCUCCAUACCUCUCAUCACUCACCAAUGAUUCCUAUUAUUGCAUGGCCACUAAGCACGCUGACCUGUAUUUAUCAUGGGCUAUCUACUUGCCAUGGAACUUGUGGGAUCUUCUCAAACGCCUACUUGAUGCCUUUCAGAGCAUUGAUUGUAAAAGUUUCGGGUGCUCUGCCUAUUCCACCAAGCCAGGUAAACACGGUGUCGACUUCAACUGCAAGUGCAAGGCGUUGACACGUUGUCGAGGCGUACUGCCGACAUUUUACCAAUACGGUUUUACAUUCGGAAAUCCCCAAAUGUUAUUAGAUGGUGCCACCAGGAAAUUCUGCACUGAUUUCUGCACUCAAAUGCGCAAUGUCCUACAUUCCAAGUAUUUCCAGAUACUAUUUGAAGAAUGCGACAAUUUCCUAUGCACUAUCAGAUGGCCAUUUAUGCUAACGUUAUUAGCCCUCUGGUCGCUGUCGCUCCUGUACCUGCUGCACAUCGCCGUCGUCCGCCUCGACGUCCUGAGGAUACGCUCACACCUGAGAUCACCCUCAAGCCACCGCAUCGCCGCGCAGUCCCUCCUCGCCGCCGUACGCGUCAAGGCACUCGCCAACGUCAAGUACUUCUCACCAUAA